GAGAGAGAGGGGGAGAGACAGAGAGAGGGGGAGAGAGAGAGGGCUGCUGGAGACUGGAGGGGAAGCGCAGCUCCUGGAGAAGCUCCUUUGGGUCUGCAGGAUAAACCUGAAGGUUCUGUGGGUUCUCAGUGGGUUUAUUUGCUGGGUGUUUUUUCUUCUUCUUCUUCUCGUUAGCCUGCCCCUUGUGCAUGGAGAUGGGGGCGCAGAAGAGAACAGAGCUGUGGCUACCUGUGUGGCAAGGGCAGGAGAUGGCUUGGACUAUGUGAAACUGCAGCUGCCUCCUGCAAACAGUCUAAAGAGGCAACAGAUCUGAAUUAAACCUUCAGUCUGCGACCCCCAUCUGAUACCCCCCAACCGGAAUCUGCACCCUCAAGGCAGAUGAUGUGAUCCCCCGUGCUGGGCAGUGCUCUGUUAUCUAUGCGCUGCUUCCUGCUCCGCUGCUGCAGCGCACUGGCAGCGCUCCCACUCCAGCUGUGCGCUGCUGUUCCCCGACGCUCUAGGAUCUCGCGGCCGCUAAACUUUUAGAACCCCGGCGGUUCCGCGCACACCUGACUCGCGGGGAGGAGGACACGUUCAGUCGCAGCCCGCUCACCCGUGCGAUCGGGGAGACCGACACUUCUCGGCCCUUCUGCUAAGCGGCGAUCGGGUGAGCUGGGAGGACUAGCCGUGAUAAUGAUGAUGAUGGAGAAGGACGGGCUUGCUGAUCAGCAGUACGAGUGCGUGGCGGAGAUCGGUGAAGGGGCUUACGGCAAGGUGUUCAAGGCCCGCGAUCUCAAGAACGGAGGCCGCUUCGUAGCCCUGAAGCGGGUGAGGGUGCAGACGGGAGAGGAGGGGAUGCCGCUCUCCACCAUCCGGGAGGUGGCUGUGCUCCGCCACCUGGAGACCUUCGAGCAUCCCAACGUGGUCAGGUUAUUUGACGUGUGCACAGUUUCACGGACAGACAGAGAGACAAAACUAACACUGGUUUUCGAACACGUCGAUCAAGAUUUGACCACUUAUUUGGAAAAAGCACCCGAUCCAGGGGUACCACAUGAAAUUAUAAAGGACAUGAUGUAUCAGCUUCUCCAGGGACUGGAUUUCCUUCAUUCACACAGAGUUGUGCAUCGAGACCUAAAGCCUCAAAAUAUUCUAGUAACGAGUAACGGGCAGAUAAAACUAGCAGACUUUGGCCUGGCCCGAAUCUACAGCUUUCAAAUGGCACUUACAUCAGUGGUUGUCACCUUGUGGUACAGAGCGCCUGAAGUUUUAUUACAGUCCAGUUAUGCCACGCCAGUGGAUCUUUGGAGUGUUGGAUGUAUAUUUGCAGAAAUGUUCCGUCGAAAGCCACUCUUUCGUGGAAAUUCAGAUGUUGAUCAACUAGGAAAAAUCUUUGAUGUAAUAGGCCUCCCAGAAGAAGAGGAAUGGCCAAGCGAUGUAGCUGUUCCAAGGAUUGCCUUUCGCUCCAGACACCCCCAACCCAUUGAAAACUUUGUGCCAGACAUUGAUGAACAAGGCAAAGACUUACUUAUUAAAUGCCUGACAUUCAGCCCAGCAAAGCGGAUAUCGGCAUUCAGUGCCCUCUCCCACCCUUACUUUCAUGACCUACAGAAACACAAAGAUAAUACGGACUCUCACAGGCCCGGCAGCCACAGAGCUCCACAGGAGAACGCAGCCGGGACUAAGACUGCUUAAAGCAACGUUCUACAUGGACAAUACAUGGGGCUCUGUCAUCAUACUGCUUGUUAGGAGCUCUCUGCAUACAGUAUGCCUUAUACAUUUAAAAACACCUCUUUCUGCAAGGAAACCCUGUUUACUUACUCCAGAUCAAUGCAAAACCAGUGCAGCUUUACAUGUUUAUUAUUUUUUCUGUUUUUGUGUUUUUUUUUGUUUUUUUUUUAGUCUGGAUGUUUCCAGUGAAAAGCAAAGCUGCUGAUUAUUUUUGCUGCCUUUUUACUGUCUAACAUUUAAGCUGCUGGUAUAAGGUAGAAUAAUCCAGUCACUGCCACCAGGAUGGUCUCUAUUUACAGCUGCUAAUGCCUUAUUGGGUACUAAACUAGCCUCCUUUUAUAACGUUUUAUGAUUCUAGGAUGUUAUAGUUGACCCUGUACAUGUCAGGGAUUUUAAAUGGUUUUGAGUUUGAAAUAGCUAAAUAAUUAUCAAAUGUUUGAAAAUAUGGCUUCGGAGCAGAAUUUUCAUUGUACAGUAAUUUAGUCUAAGCGCCCAAGAUGAUAUUGUGGGCAAUAGGACAGUUUUAGCAUUUUCUGUAUUUUGCUCAGAUGUUUAAAGAAUCAUAUAAAACAUUUCAUUCUUUGAAAAAAAAUCACAUUUUAUUCAUUUUUUUAUUGAACAUUAAAACUAACCAGUAUCCAGUAAUUAGUGAAGCACACCCAGAGAGGACACAUAGCAUAACAUUACUGAAAAGCCACGGAUGACUAAUGUGAUGGCCAAGGUGGGUGGCAAUGGUUUUCAAUGAGUUGCGUGUGUUUCAUCAAAUAUCAGACUAAAGUGGAAUUUUUAGUGAAGCAAUAUAUUUCUAAAUUAAAGGCAUAAACUGUA